AUGUUGCCAACGACCGAUGAUAUCGCCAAAUUCAUUUCCGUCGCCCCCGAUGCUAGUGAGGGGAAGGCUCUGAUCUUCUUGCAGGCAGGUGACGCCGCUCUCAUCCGAAUAUCCACUGACUGCUUGUUCUAUGAGGAUCCUGAUCGAUACUCACAUCCACCAGCCAACAAAUCCAACCAAGAGCCCAAUGCGACAGAUACCCAGGCGCUUCCUCCCUCCUAUGAAUCACAUGCCAACCCCGUGAACAGACUGCAGCGCGGGCCUCACACGAAUGCAGUUAUCCAGGCUGCGCAGGUUCGCGCUCGGGAUGAGCAAGAGAUGCAAAAUCUGCUCCAAAAUAUUCAACGAGUCUAUCAAAUUUUCAAUAGCGACAUUGAACCAGAACAUGAGAACGGCGACUACGUGACUUGUAAUUGCGAGGCUCACCAAUACAGAAGGAGGAAAGCCAGGCGAAUUGGUGUCCAGGAUAUGUGGUCAAAAGCUGUAAUGUAUCCGGGGGAAAAGGCCUACCAUGACUCCUACCAGGCCACUAUGUUUUCCAACAACCCCUAUAGAUGGAUCUCCUCACCUUACGGCCUUGCUACCUAUGUGAUGCGAAAACCAGAUCCAGCACGCUACACCGAAUCAGUACGUCAGACCAUCUCAUUAAAUGCGACUCUCAACAUGAAGGCGCAGACAGCCGUCAAUGCUAUGGAACCACGGUGCAACAUUUGGGAACUCGACGACUCAGGCGUGGCAGGUGAAGCCGUGACAUCCUCCGCAUCCCGAGUGGACGAAAAAACACCAGGCAGCCCAGAAGCACCCAAACGAUCGAAAUUUUCGACUUUUAAAAAGGCUCUGUCUAUGGGGUCUUCCGAUAGGUCGGCUUCCAAGGCGAACCAGAUGGUCUCACGCGCUCGAGAGCUACGAAACGCAAUAUUGGAAGAAGAAAGUGGCCGGUGGCCAGACCCAGAGUCGCGACAGAUUGUGGCAGUUUACCAGGAAAAGGUGGGAAUGACUCAAAAAAUAGCCGAGCUUCGAGCCGAGUAUCCCCUGGAGUACCUCCAUCUUCUCCGCGCAGGAUACUUUGAAUCGAUUCCUGUCGAUUGGGCAACUCACAUCUCCAACCCUCUCAAAUUCCGGAUCGAUGCGCCCUGUGGAUGGAGAGGAAUUACUCCGACAUGGCGAGGGUACGAAAACACGGCCGAAGAGCGACUAUACUGGGUCUUGAAUCACAGGACGGGAAGCAGGGGAGCCUGGAUGAAGCCGGACUUUAUUUCUGCGAUGGAUAUGGCCCGGGAACGGAUGGCGACCGCCGUUGAACCACCGCCAGCAUAUUACUCUCCCGACGAUACGUUCCGGCUUCAGGAGUUAUCCGAUGGGUACUCCAGACAAGUGAUGCCAGCCCCUUUCAGACCUUUUGACCUUCCAGAAUCAGCUACGGAUAACACGAUGAUCUUGUUGGAUGUUUCUGGAUCGAUGGACUUUGACCCGAUGCGACCGGUAUACAAGCAAUAUCUGGUCACUGGAUUUACCGGAUCUACCCAGCCAAAGAACAAGGAUGUCGCGAAAGCCAUCAUCCGACGCUUCACAGAUGCCAUGUCCAACCAUGACCACAACGCCUAUGGCUACCAGCUUGUCACGUUUGCCAACAAGGCCAGCAACAUAGGACUCAUCAACCAUGCCAAUUUGGACGACAUGUGGAAUAACGUCAAGUUCGGAGGCGGAACUCGCGUGAUGACGGGAUGGCAGAAAAUCAAGGACUUGCAUUUCCAACGAUACUCCGAGUCUGCCACCUACCAUCCGGUGUAUGGAUGGCAAGCAGGUCCGCGCACGCCGAUGCUGAGAUUACUACUAUUGCUCGAUGGCGAAGCUACAGAUAUGGACGAGUUCGAACUGGAUCUGCUCGGGCUGUCCUGGGUUCAUGUGACCAUUUUUCUGAUUGGUGUGGAUGGAUGCCCGCACCACCAUCGCCAUGCCAACGAGUUGCAGAGAAUCAGCCAGGCCAAUCCACAUGUCUCGUUUGUUGAGGCACAGGGGAACGCGCCAGAGCGAUACGUUACUCACGAGCUGCUGAAGCGACAUCUGGGAUAUGAUGUGUCGAUAUCGGAAUUCGAGCGAUUGGAGCAGUUUCCAGAGAGUGCCGAGCCGCCUGUGUAUACAGAGUAG